CAGCCCCGCAGGUGCGUCCCUUUUCGCCAGCCAGCUGUAGCUGCCCCGCUAUGGAGUCCCCGGUCCAGAUCUUCCGCGGGGAGCCGGCCCCCACCUGCGCUCCGAGCGCCUGCCUGCUCCCUAACGGCAGCGCCUGGUUCCCGAACUGGGCCGAACCAGAUGGCAACAGCACUGUAGGGGCCGAGGACGCGCAGCUGGAACCCACGCACAUCUCUCCUGUCAUCCCUGUCAUAAUCACUGCAGUCUACUCCGUGGUGUUUGUCGUGGGCUUGGUGGGCAACUCGCUGGUCAUGUUCGUAAUUAUCCGGUACACAAAGAUGAAGACUGCAACCAACAUUUACAUAUUUAACCUGGCAUUGGCAGAUGCUUUGGUUACUACGACUAUGCCCUUUCAGAGCACAGUCUAUUUGAUGAAUUCCUGGCCAUUUGGGGAUGUGCUGUGCAAGAUAGUAAUUUCCAUUGAUUACUACAACAUGUUCACCAGCAUAUUCACCUUGACGAUGAUGAGCGUGGACCGCUACAUUGCCGUGUGUCACCCCGUUAAGGCUUUAGACUUCCGCACACCUCUGAAGGCCAAGAUCAUCAAUAUUUGCAUUUGGCUCCUGUCAUCAUCUGUUGGUAUAUCUGCAAUAGUUCUCGGAGGUACCAAAGUCAGAGAAGACAUGGAUGUCAUUGAGUGUUCCUUGCAGUUCCCAGAUGAUGACUACUCUUGGUGGGACCUCUUCAUGAAGAUCUGUGUCUUUGUCUUUGCGUUCGUAAUCCCCGUCCUCAUCAUCAUUGUGUGCUAUACCCUCAUGAUCCUGCGCCUGAAGAGUGUCCGGCUCCUUUCUGGAUCCCGAGAGAAGGAUCGUAACCUGCGCCGGAUCACCAGGCUAGUUCUGGUGGUGGUGGCUGUUUUCAUCAUCUGUUGGACUCCCAUCCACAUUUUCAUUCUUGUGGAGGCUCUGGGCAGCACCUCCCACAGCACCGCUGCCCUCUCCAGCUACUACUUCUGCAUUGCGUUAGGCUAUACCAACAGCAGCCUCAACCCCAUUCUCUAUGCCUUUCUUGAUGAAAACUUCAAGCGGUGCUUCAGAGACUUCUGCUUUCCCAUUAAGAUGAGGAUGGAGCGACAGAGCACCAGCAGAGUCCGAAACACAGUUCAGGAUCCUGCUUACAUGAGGGAUGUUGACGGGAUGAACAAACCAGUAUGACUAGUCGUGGAGAUGUCGUCUUAUGUUUCUUCUGGCAGAGAAGAGUUCAACGAUUUGGGUGUGACUCAGAUUACAACAGCAGUGUGACAUG